UUAUAAUAGCCGUUAACAAGUCUCAGUCUUCACUAAGCUAAAAUAUGAAGCUAAUGUUAGUUAAAGAUGAUUAGUUAUUCAAGAUGGACAACAAAACGGCACUCUUGUACUUUUUCACAAAUAGUUCUAAGCUUUGUUGUGUAUAAUGUUGCUUUGUUUUCUCUAAUAUCAUACAAAGGUACAAAGUGGAAAGAGAAAUCCUCCAUAAAAGUACGAACAUUUCUCGAAAAAGACGAUAGUAUCCCGGGCAGUCGAGUCGAUUCAUUGUGCGAAUCAUCCCCACAAAUCCCAGAUGGAUUUACGCUCGUUAUACUCAAUCACAACAGAACAGAUACGCUUCUAAACGGUUUAAAACAUUGGGACCACGUGAGGAAUAUCAAGAAAGUUCUUGUAGUAUGGAACAAUCCUGGUGUAAAGAUACCGGAUGAUGAAUCAAUAAGGACCGCUUCCCCACAUUUGGAUAUUGCUUUUCUCCCACAAAACACAAAUUCAUUGAAUAAUCGCUUCAGAGUGUUUUCUCAUAUCCUUACAGAAGCUGUGUUAAUGAUGAAUGAUGAUUGCAUAGUUGAAGAUGAUUAUGUGCAGAUGGCGCUACAAGCAUGGCAAACGAUGCCCUAUUGCAUUGUGGGAUUCCAUGGCAGAGGUGUAAGCGCCAGCUAUCAAUACCAAUGGAAUCCUGCAAAAAACUACAGCAUGGUGCUUAAUGUUGGAUUCCUACACAGAGAAUACUUGAAAAUGUACCAAAAUGCCCCUCCCGAAUUACUAGACAUUGUGGAUAAGUACACAAAUUGCGAAGACAUACUUAUGAAUUUUCUCAUUGCAAACCAUACAGGCUCUUUUAGUGGAGUGCUGGUAGAAACACCCCAUGGGGUCCAAUCUGUAUUCAGCACCCAUAAAAGUCUAUCAAUCCGUCCAGACCAUGCUGAUCAGAGGACUAAAUGCAUUAGACAGUUUGUAGAAUAUUUUGGUUACCUUCCACUCAAGGGUAAUCCAUUCAUCAUAGCACCUUACAAUGCAUUUGCUCAUUUAAAACGGCAAUGAUAGCGCAUUCAACUGACAGAAAUCGGAACCAAAAUAGUGAUAAAAUAACUAAUCCUUUAACAAUGAUUGUAAAAACCUUAACUCCAGGUGAUGUAAAAUGUCAUUCCUUUUCAUGUCUAUUUUCUUAAAAUUCCAAUAAGGCUUAUACUUUAUUUGAGAAAAACUAGAUGCAUUAAAUUCUCUGAGGUCACCACAUUUAUAAGGAGCUUUUGCACAUAUUGAUCACUUUGAAUUUUCUCCAACUGAUGGCAUAGUGCAGAUCUUUUGGAAAAUGUGUGACAUGCAUCUGUAACCAUGUCCGGACUACUACUACAUUCUUAAAUUGGGCAACACUUUAUUCAUUUGAGGACAGCAGGUCAUUGGCAUCUUUGUGAUUGGCUACCAUUCAUUUCAGCCAUUUGUCCAGCAAUAGCCUACAUGGACAUUUUACAUCCCUUUACAAUACUGUAUUAAAAAGAUUGCACAAAACAUUAUUUUUAUAUUGAGACACAUGUUUAUUUUGUCUGUAGAUGAUGGUACAAGUGCUAUUCUAUAGAGGACAAAAUCAUCAAUGACAGGCUUGGUCAUGCAUUUUCCACAUACAUUCAUAUACAUCUCAUAGAGACAAUAAAACCUCAUUUACGUUUUAUGUCUCGUUCAAAUUGAUCCCUCAUUUGGGUAGAUUUUCUUGGAAAUUGUAAGGAUUUUCUCGAAACUGUAAACAAGCUUAAACAGUGGAGUAAUUUCAGAAGCUCUUAUUACACAAUGUAUUUUUGUCAUUAUCAUAAUUGUUGAAAAAUUGACCAAUGAGAUUGUAUUGCCCCAUGAGAUUAUGUGCAAGACAAAAUGUAUGUGGCGAACAAUUGAAGUGGAUUGAUUAGCUUACAUUUGUACAGACUGGUAUAGCCACUCUAUUUCCACAGAUUGGUCAUUGAAUAACAG